AUGAGAGGAUUCUUGUAUAUUUUAUUAAUAACAAGAGUGAAAAGUGACGAUUAUGUUUGUGAGAUUAAUGCUUGUGACGCUCUCGAACAGAGCAAAAUUGAUUUGCAAGAAUUUAUCGAUAGUUUAGAAGACAACAAUAAUAACAGUUAUUUAGUGAGAUUAGAACGAAGACUGCGAUCUUUGGAACAACCAGUAUGGAAAGUCUCAAAACUGAACGAGAGAUGGCUCGAAUGUACACAAGGUCCUUGCAAAUGUAGACCGGAAACGAAGACUUUGUCUUGUUGGCAGCAGGAUUUAUCUGUUUUGCCGGCUCUUCAAGUGUUGCCUUCAGAUGUUAUUUCUAUUGAUUUGGGUAUUAAUGGACUCACAACUUUGAACAAAAAUGCUUUCACCAUGUUGUCAUUUUUGACCGAGCUUGAUCUUUUCGAUAAUGAUCUUGAUUAUUUACCAGAAUCGGUAUUCGACGACUUAAACAACUUGCAAUACUUACGAUUGCACAAAAAUAAACUUGAAGAUGUUUCGUAUAAUUUGUUAUUUAAAUUAAAAAAUUUGCAAACACUUGAUUUGUCCAACAACAAUAUUCGGCAGUUACAUCCUCAUUUUUUUAAAGGAAAUCUCAAAUUAAUUGUUUUACACAUGUCUAGAAAUCAAAUUAAAAUAAUUCCUCAAACGCUAUUCUCCAACCUGGAAGUACUCGAAGACUUGGAUUUGAGUAACAACAAAAUUGAGAGAUUGCCAAAAUUUUUGUUUACAGAUUUGAAAAAUUUAAAAAGAUUGCAGAUGGCUGAAAACAGAAUUGAUUAUCUACCAUCAGGUUUGUUUGACUCACUCUUGAGUCUCGAAUUUUUGAAUUUUAGAAAAAAUCAUAUUUCGAGUAUUUCUGACAAACUUUUCGGAAAUUUAGGAAACUUAAAGGUUCUACAAUUGACUUCAAACCAUUUGAGAAAAGUGCAAAUAAACGAUUUUGUGAAUUUACACAACUUGGAGGAGUUACAUUUGGGUCAGAAUUUUAUUUCCGAAUUAUCGGAAAACUGUUUCGAGACAAACAACAAUUUAAAAAAACUUUUCCUAUUUUCAAACAACUUGGAAGAGUUGGCAGAAAAAAGUUUUAAUGGGCUAACCAAUUUAAAUUCACUUUUAAUUAAUAAUAAUAUUCUCAGCAGCAUCCAUGAAGAAAUUUUUUCUUAUACUCCAAAUUUAGAGAAACUAGAUUUGGACAGCAAUAGAUUUCACUUUUUGCCUUCCAAAUGUUUAGACUACCUGGACAAAUUAAUUUCAAUAAAACUGGCGAAGAAUCCUUGGUACUGCGAUUGCAACAUUUUAUACUUAGCCCUCUGGGUCGACGAAAAUAAGAGCAAAAUUUGGGACACUCAACCCACCUGUCGUGGCCCAACCGAGUUAGGUGGUGCUUUACUAAAAGUCAUGAGUUUUAAUGAUCUCUGCGAUGGUCAGUGGGCAAGUAUGGUAAAUUUGGCGCCCAGAAUACCCGUCCGACAAGUCACCAUUCAACCACCACCAACAACUGAAAAAAACAAUUAGAUUUUAAUUAGUUUUUUAUCCACCUGUUUAGCAUAGCUUAAUUGUAGAAUUGUAACCUUGUAGUUGUAAGAAUAGUAUUACACCUGUCAUGCCUUUUCAAGACUAUUCUUGAUACAUUUUUUUAUUUAGUUCAUUUGGCUAAGUUCACCAAACGAUUUGCAAAGAAUUAUUAUUUGCAGGGCACCAAGUAAUUGUCUUAACCAAAAAUCUUCUCAAAAAUGAAACUAAUUUGACUGAAAUUGAAAUAUCCACUCUUAAUUAUUCUCUAUGAAAAGAUAAGUACCUACCUAUGUACCUAGUGUGUUUUAUGAGAAUAUUUUGUAUUUAUGUAUUUAUUAAAGUUUUUGUUAUGUUAAUUUUAGUACCAUAU